AUGCUUACAACUUCUCAUUAUCCCGCCAAAUCGAAAUUAAGUCAACAAUAUUGGAUAGAUCAGCACAGUAUUCAGAUUCCCUGGUUAAAUUUUCUAACAUCUCAGUCCAUUCCCGAAGAGACCGAUUCAUCGGACUACUCCCGAUCGCAUCGUACCGAGAGUGAGAGUUCAUCUUCAUCGGAGGAGUCCUAUAUCAUUCUUGAAAUAACACAACCUGAUAAAAACCAACAAUUAAAUUAUGCUGAAAUCAUUGAGUGCAAACAAUGUGUGCAACCGUUGAUUAUCGAGAUACCGAAGCAAGAGCGUGCAGUUGAACAUCAAUGCGAACCAAUUAAUGAACAUGAAAAAGUCAUUCAACGGACAAAUUUCAUUCUUUUUCAUGUUCCACAAAAACUCGAUAAAGCCAUUUCAGUUUCGGACGAAGAUUUUCACAUUGAUAUUCGACAAUCGACAAUAAGUCAGUAUUCAAUAGGAACCGACACGUUGAUCGAACCGACUAAGUCGAAAACUGAAACGAAAAUUGUCAAGCAUAUCUAUGAAUUCGAUGAUCCUUCUAAAGAAAAAUAUCAUCGAGUGAAAGAACAAAUCAAAACGAAUUCGAAUACCUCUAAAUCAUCGACAGUACUUCGUCUAAUCAAAGAUCGAACACGACAUGUAAAAAGCAAAUAUACAUUAUCAAAUAAAGAAAACCUUUCUAGCGAGCCCGAGUUACUUAAUGUGAAAUAUCUUGAUGGGCGACCAAGUCUAAGUCAUCCAAAUUACUCCAAUAAACCUGUCUCUCAAUCAAAUUUACCAACGAGCUCAUCGUAUGGUAAACGAUUGAUAAAUCAUGUGCAAAUGUUGCUCAAGCCGAGUUCACACUCGCAAAGAACUUCUUUUCGAUUGUCUUGA